AUGCCACUCAAACAAGACCACCACAUCCGCCCCUUCUACAUCGACCCCAGGACCUUUCACAUCCUCGUCGAGGCCUUCUCUCCAACCUCGUCCUGGGCCCUCGAUUUCAUCUCCACCGUUGCCGAGCCCGUCUCUCGGCUGACCCACAUCCACGAAUACGCCAUCACCAAAUACUCGCUCUAUGCCGCCGUCUCCAACGGGCUUUCGCUCGCUGACAUCCUCGGCUGCUUGCGGCUGUUUUCCAAGGAGCCGGAUUUGCCCGAAGGCAUGGUCGACUUUAUCACCCUUCACACCGAAUCCUUUGGGCGGGUCAAGCUCGUCCUCAAAAAGAACCGAUUUUUCCUCGAGUCCAAGGACCCGAACGUCCUGGAUACGCUACUGCGUGAUCCAGUCAUCUACGGCGCCCGCAUUCAUCCCGAUGCCCUCCUCACUCGGUCCGCGGCAGAUACGCUGUCAGAAUACUCCGAAGGCGAAGUCGAGCCGGGUUUGCCGCAGCCGCCCCCAGCCGAUCGCGGCUUCUUUGUCUAUGAGGCACCCAAGGCAUCCAACCAUCCAGGUGUCCUGGCUCUGGCAGACCAUGAACACGAUGACGUCGAGAGCACGGAUGAUCCAUACCUUCACUCAUUCGAGAUCGACAAGGGCCAGGUCGAGAAUGUCAAACUCAGAUGCAGCGAGCUGUCCUAUCCGAUCCUGGAGGAGUACGACUUCAAUGCCGAAAACGGACCUGAUAUGCCCAUACUGGACAUUGAUCUCAAGGCUACCACCAAGCUGCGACCUUAUCAGGAAACGGGGCUCAGCAAGAUGUUCAGCAACGGGCGCAGCCGAUCCGGCAUCAUCGUGUUGCCUUGCGGCGCGGGCAAGACCCUGGUUGGAGUUACGGCGGCCUGCACGAUCAAGCGAAGCUGUCUGGUCCUCUGCACCUCAUCCGUUUCGGUCGAGCAAUGGGCCAAGGAGUUCCGGCACUGGUCGACGGUCCGGGAUGAGCAGAUUGCCAAGUUCACGUCGUCGUAUAAGGAGCAGUUCUCGACCCCCACAGGCAUCCUCGUCUCGACAUACACAAUGAUUGCCUUCUCCGGCAAGCGUGCGUACGAUGCAGCCAAGAUCAUGUCCUUUAUCCAGUCGCACGAGUGGGGCUUUAUUCUCUUGGACGAGGUCCAUGUCGUGCCGGCCGAGAUCUUCCGCAAGGUGCUCACGAUCGUGCCGGCGCACACAAAACUGGGCCUGACCGCCACACUCGUCCGGGAAGACAACAAAAUCGAGAACCUCAACUACUUGAUCGGACCCAAGCUGUACGAAGCCAACUGGAUGGAUCUCGAGUCCAACGGCUUCAUCGCCCGGGUGCAGUGCGCCGAAGUUUGGUGCAAGAUGACGACUGCGUUUUAUCGGGAGUAUCUCAAUGCGAAAUCAAGGACUCGUCAGCUGCUCUACUGCGUGCACCCGUACAAGAUCCAGAUGUGCCAAUACCUGAUUCGAUACCACGAGAGCCGCGGCGACAAAACCAUCAUCUUCUCGGACAGCAUCUUUGCCCUCAAGCACUACGCCAACUGCCUCAACCGGCCGUUCAUCUGCGGAUCCACCAGCCCGGCAGAGCGCAUGCGCAUCCUGCAGCAGUUCCAGUACGACUCGACCGUCAACACCAUAUUCCUGUCCAAAGUCGGAGACACCUCGAUCAACAUCCCGGAGGCAUCGUGUCUGAUCCAGAUAUCGUCGCAGUAUGGAUCACGGCGACAGGAGGCACAGCGACUUGGGCGAAUUCUGAGAGCCAAGGCAUCCAACCAGCGCUUCAACGCCUUCUUUUACACCCUUGUCACCCAAGACACCGAGGAGAUGUACUAUGCGCGCAAGCGACAGCAAUUCCUGAUGGAUCAGGGAUACCAGUUUAAGAUUAUCACCCGGAUCGACGGGCUGGAUACCAUGGAAGGAUUUCCUUACCAACGACUCGAAAGCCAGCUCGAUCUGCUCGAAACCGUUCUGGCAGCCGCCGGUACCGAUACCGACGACGACAUGGUUCCGGAGGACUACCUUGCGCUCGGACAGGAGGACGAACUCACCGCCGGUGGUGGCGGCGGCGGGUCUGGUGAGACCGAGGCGGUCUUUUGGCGACGCUCGGCCAACCUCAGCUCACUUUCUGGAGCAGACAAGAUGGCAUAUAUUGAGUAUCGGACGUGA